ACAGAAACCGUCGUCGCGCCGCGUCACCGUGUGAGCUGAGCUGAGCUGAGCUGAGUUUACUGCACGAGCAAGAAACAUUGGUGACAUUUAAACCCAGAAGGAAAAAUGACGCUUCCGUCGGCGCACAGUACCACCACACUCCGGACCGUGAAAGUCUCUUCGGAACCGAGCACGACGACGCUGCUCUCCUCGGGCCAGUUAGGCUUCGGCGGCGGGACUCUGCGCAGGGUCGGCGUCGCGCCGGCACAGUUCUCCUCCGUGCAGUACGUCAACGGCUCCGUGGACGGCACCGCGCUCCAGGGGAACCUCGUCCAGGGGAACCUCGUCCAGGGGAAUGUGGUCCACGGCACCGUGCUCCAGGGGAACAUGCUCCAGGGGAACGUGGUCCAGGGGAACAUGCGCUACCUCGUGCCCGUGCAGCGCGCCUCCGAGUCCUACGUCGUGGUCAAUCAGUCGCCGCAGACGUUGACGCCGGUUUACCUGCAGAACGUCCAGAACGUCCAGAACAUGCAGCACCUCAGCGUCAGCAGCCUGGAAGAAACCGACAGCAGCCAACAAAUCGACUUCAAUGGCCAAGCUUCAUCGAUGUACAGUUAUCCAUCGAGCCCCAUCAAGAGCCCCGAGCCUCCAGAGGUGGUGCAGAGCAGCAGGAGCAGCAGCGUGCAAGAGAUCGUCAGUACCGAUGUGAAGGAGCACCUGACGAGCGAAGUGAAGACGGAUUUCGAGUUCGAGCAGGUGGCCAAGCUCGACACGCGCUUCUUCGGCGAGCUCCUCGCCGAGGUCUACCGGAAAAACUGCGACAUCCACACCUGCAUCUCUGAACACGUGGUCAAGAUCCGCGGACGAAAACACUUACUGGACCUGGAUAAGUCGGAGAAACAAGACAUCGAAAACCUCCUUCCUAAAGGAGUGUCUGAACUGACGAAGCAGCAGAUCCGCUACCUCCUACAGACGCGCAUGACGGCCGACAAGACCAUGCGCAUGCUUCUGAGCACCUUCAGCAGCCUGAGGGAAGAGCUGGUGCACCUGCAGGACGAUCUGAGGCGCCUGGAGAGUGAGAAAGAGCAGCUGGAGAGAGACCUGAGCUUUAAGGCCGAUCAGGCGCAGCAGUAUGACCGACUGUUGGAAACCGUACGCGAGAACAACCGACAGCUACAGAUGUCCCUGAAAGAGAGCGCAUCGUCCCAGCGCAACCUGGAGGCUCAGCUCAUGAACAACCGCAGCUCAGACUCCGGCAAGGACUUCCGCAUCAAAGAUCUGGAAGGCAGCAAGCGGGCGCUGGAGCAGGAGAACGAGCUGCUGCGCAAGAAGCUUGAAGGCCAGUGCAGUAGCUCCACUCUGCAGACUAAGACACAGGAGCUGUCCAGACAUUAUGAGCAGAUGCUGAAAGAGCUACGAGAGGAGAAGGACAAGGAGUUAUCGAGUAUGCGGACUCAGCUGGUGAAGAUCCAGACAGAAUACACUACAGAUCGCUCCAGCGAUAAGAGCCUACAGCUGAGGAUCUCAGAGCUACUGACCACACUGGAGCAGCGCGACUCGACCAUCAGACGCCAAGAGGAGGAGCUCAGACGGCUGCAGCAGGAGAAGAGUUCCAGCAGCGUCACUCAGACUGUUAUCACUAAAAAAUACCAGAACCAGUACCCGAUCCUGGGCCUGUUAAGUGAUGACUAUCAGUACACACCAGCACCUGUCAGGGAGUCCAAGACCAUCGUCAUCAAGAGGACGGGCGAGAUGACCAAAAAGGAAUUCACCAGCACACCCUAAAGACGACGCUUCUGUCCGACAGGAUUGAGCACGAGGGGCGAUCCAGAAUUUGCGCCAGUACCUGCGAGAUCACCUCUCUCCAUCCUUUCUCACCCCUCCAUCUCUCUGUACAUCCCUCUCUCCAUCUCCAUCCUUUCUCACCCCUCCUCCUCUCUAUAUCUCCAUCUCCACCCUUUCUCACCCCUCCGUCUCUCUGUACAUCCCUCGCUCCAUCUCCAUCUCCACCCUUUCUCACCCCUCCGUCUCUCUGUACAUCCCUCGCUCCAUCUCCAUCUCCACCCUUUCCCACCCCGUUUCCCUGCAUGCGCUUUGUCUGUACUUCAGGGCUGUAGAGUAGUGAUGGUUCCAGCCUCAGUGUAAACAGGAUGCGAGAUUCAUGCUGUAGUUUGGUUCCGAGCGCGUCGUGCUUUUCCAGCCACCACAACUCUACCAGCCUCUGUUCAGCAACUACUCUAAUCAUCUAGUUAGUGAUGUAUGACGUAAAGAUGUAGCUUUCCCUCAUCAGUUACAGCCAAUUUAUGUUUACGAUGUAUUGUAUUUGACACUUUCUGUGUUGGAGAACUUUGUAGAAUGGGGUGCAUACGUGUGAAAGCAAACCGGUGAUGGGAUUUGUUUGCUAUGUAACAGCAGUGGAGGUUUUUUUUUGUUUGUUUGUUUUGUUUUUGUUUGUUUGUUUGUUUUUGGUUGCAUGUGGCAAUGAGUUAAUUAUCAGCUAUUCGAAAUAAAAAGAGACUAGAAUAUUUGGGUUGAGGAGACCAUUGGUGUAUUGAACAACAACAAAGCGUGAGAGGGUUCAUUUUUUUUUUGUUGUCGUUAGUUUGUGCGUUUUUAAACCCUAACAUCUCCCAGUUACUUUUAACAUAAACCCCGUGUGGCAGCUAACGUGCGUUUUUAACUAAUCCUCGAUUUCACGUCCAAACCCGGGACUUUGCGUCUCCAAGAAAACAAAGACAGGUAAACGUUUAAACGGUGUGAUAUCGGAAGUGUCGUUCGAAAGGCUGUCAUUUUGCAGUACCAAAUACCUACGUACACUGUGUCUAAUAUACACGUACUGGCCACUUUAAUAGGAACAGCUGCGUAUUCGGCUUUUCCGGUUUCGUCCGAUCGGGCGAUCAUGUAGCGGCAGCGUGUCAUAAUGCUUGAAAUAACGAAGCGACAGGUACGAGCUGCAGUUAAUGUUCACAUCGAACAUCAAAACGAGCGUCUCGGUGACUCUGACAGGAAUUUGAAGCGACAGUGAGAACCGUUUUCACCGAAACCAGACAGAAAGACGUUUCUAAUUUCUAAUCCUGUCUAGUUUUGGGUGAGUCCGUGCCCACCGUAGGUUCAGAUUCCUGAUUAUGGCGGUCAGGAGUGGAACCCGAGACGGUCUUCUGCUCUUGUAGCCCAUCCACCUCAAGAUUCAAUGCGCUGAGACGCUUUUCCGCUCACCACGGUUGUAAAAAAGUGGUUAUUCCUGUCGGCUCCGAGCGGUCUUGCUGUUCUCCUCUGACCCUCUCUCAUCAAUAAGGCCUGUUGAUCAGCUGUGCAUGAAAAACUCAGGAGUAGCAGAUACUGAAAGUGGACGACUCAAAUUAGGGACAUUACUAAUCUUCACCUUCUUUACGUUUACGGUCAGCAACUUCUGGAAAACUUCUAACAAGCGAUGCUGUUAUUACAAGGGUGUGAUUUUAAUAAACUACUACUGCUGUAUUAAUGACUAAAUACCGUGCUGUAUACCGUGUUUCUGAGUUUUGUGCAGUGUAACAUCAACUUUUGUUUGCGAAAGCUUCAAGCCUCCUCGCCUUGUUUUAUUCCAGCCAUUUUGUUUCAUAUUUGAUUCUGCUUGGGAUUGUUACACUGCCCUCUGCUGCCCGCAGGGUGAACUGCAAUAGCAAUAAAAACACGGGCAAGCCUUCCCCUUGCCUGACCACACUUAGGGGCGGGGCUGAGUAAAACCUGGGGCGGGGUUAUUUCCGACAAGUCUGUAAACAGAAGCCUUAAUUAUUUUUAAAUAUACAAAAUGAAUUGAAUGUCAACAUUACAAAUCACAAAUGCAAUUAUUUUUGGACUAAUUAUAUUUAUUAUAAUAAAUAUGAAAUUAAUUUAAGUACCUUCAUAUUAUAACUGUAUUACACAUCGAUUAUUAUUAUUAUUAUUAUUAUAGGUCUGGGAACACUUGGUGACGUCACUGUUUUUUCCCCCCAUGAUUCCAUUUUCACAAUCCACCUUAAAUGCUUUCUUUUUUAGAGUUUAUAACGAGCAUGAUUACAUGUUUCUUUGUGUUUCUGUGACUUUUGUUACAGCCUGUUCUUAAAAUAAACCGUAGCUGGGCAUGUGUAAA